AUGUCGGGGUGUCGUAGACCUGGAUCGGUUUCUGUGUCAAAAUUUGCUGCUAGUUUUGGUCCCAGUCAUUUAGUCUACAACAUAUACCUCUUCUCCCAUUUAUUUAAUUUCGUCAAGCUUUACGGUUACUUGGAUCGUUUUUCCUGUUUUCCCUAUGAAUCAGAGCUGGGGCAUUUGAAGCACUACAUACAUGGGCAUAAACCACCAGCUGUUCAGCUUUGCCACCAACUGGCCGAGCGUGUGGGAUUGGAUGCUGCCGAAAGGAAGAUAUUUUUGGAUGAUGUGUGUAUGCGACUGAGGCCAUCACCCACUGCCGGAUGUCACAGGUCUGUUCAUAGGGCUGUCGUUUUUUCGAAAGACUUUCUCGACAACUGCAUUUUGCUUGAUGCUCAACCAGCUGUCAUUGUAGAUUUUCUACAGAUACUAUUGAAAACUUGUUUCCUUUCCGCACUGCUUCCGCAAUCGGGUGCAGAAAUGUGCGGACACUAUGCGGAAAUGUCCGCACCCGGGUGCAGACAUAAUGCAGAAGUUUCUGCACCGGUGCUAACUGGGACAAUAUUGUACUUAUUGAAAGUUGAGAUCAACGGGAAAACGUGU